CCUUCUUGUGCGAGUACGUACGUACCGUACCAUAGAAAGUGUUCGCUAUCAUAGCAUACUCGUACCGUGCGUUUCUUGUUCGUAGAAAAACAUUCUGAGUGUGAUGCAUGACAUUGUUCCGUUCAGCUUAUCAACCAACAGGGACAGCAUCAUAACAGAGACAAACCAAUACCAACGCAAGCUUUCAUUCAGUAUUUCACUACCACGAAGAUGUUGUUGACCCGAUUCCUUCUCCUUCUCGCCAGCGUUCAGACCGUUGCCGCAUUCGUGUCGCAGCAUGCCCACCGAUCGAUGGUGGUUUCCCCCGUGGGUUCGUCGUCCGCGCUCUCCAUGGCCGCCAUGACCUACGAAGAAAUGAUCCAGCGGGUGGAUUGUUACGAGAUCACCGUACCCAAGCCACUUGGUGUGAUCUUCGGCGAGAACCCGGAUCCAUACCUCGGCCUGGUUGUCGACGAUGUUUCGGAAGGAAUGAAUGGGGGCAAGGCCGGUCUUCGAAUGGGAGAUCAAUUGCUGGCGGUCAACGAGCAGGUCGUCAUCGGAAGAGACUUUGACACGGUCAUGGGCAAGCUCCAGGAGCAACCCGGAAGGCUGAAUCUUGUCCUCUACCGAGGCCCCGUGGGACAGUUGUUCACGGUCCUCUCCAACCAACUCGGAGAAGGCCAGAACAUGUACGAAGACGAAGACGAAUACGAAGAGUCGGAGGAGGUGAUGAUGGACGAAAACUACGAAUCGCCUGUCCGCAUCGAGGUGAAGGAAGAAAAGCCUCUGACACCCGGGGACUUUGUCAAGGCCUUUGGAAAGCUAGGAAGCAUGCUCGGUGAAACACUGACGGCACCCGUCGAGCAAGAAGACACCGGUGCUCCCCCCCCGCCCAAGAAGAAGACCGGAUUUUUUGGAAUCGGCGGCGAGAGCGUCCAGCUCGAUGGCGAGGAUGCACGGGGGUACCGACGAGAAAAGAUCGAGCCCGACGACUUUUAGAAAUCGCCAUUGCGAUGUGAAAUACGCAUGAGGCAUUCCCACCGACUCUCGUCGAAACAAAUAAGUGCGAGUCAAGACAAUCAGGUAUGGACCAGCGAAUUUUCCCUCGCAUACCAUAGAUAAGACUUAUACGCCGCGAUUGCUAUGAUAACUUCAGAGAUUUUAUUUUAAAGUUCCAUAAACGAGCGUUCGUGCC